GUGCAAAGCAAAAAAGACACGAGGAUGCUCCAUAUGUUGUGGAAAUGUAAAUAAUCCGCUAGAAUCUCGAGUCUCAUUUGCAAGAAGCAGAAGAAGAAGAGGAGAAGGAGGAUAGGAAUUUCGCCAUGAAUCACGCAUAGAGGAGGAUCAUCGGGUGAUCGCGUCCUUGAGAUCCGACGAGUCCUCGGCGACUUUUACCCGCGCGAAAGUGCGUGUAUGUACGAGGCAGUAAUAUUAGAAUGAAAAUUCUCGCCAAGUUACAUCGGGCGCAAAGAGAAAAAGAGAAGAAAAAAAAACGCGCGGACCGCGCACAGCGGAAUGACGGGCCACGAUUGGCCGGCGUAAUUUCGCGACGAUGUGUCAUGUGACCCUUUCCUCUAUUUAUGCAAACAUCACCGAUCACUUGGCCUCGCAGUCUCGUGGCAAAACAAUAACAAACAACACACGUCGUAGCUUCUCGCGUUUCUCGCCAAUUUCACGAACCCGUUUGCGCGAUCUCGAUUUCGUCAUCCGGGGGUUCCACGCCUGGAACAGCGCGAUCGGUCCCGGAGUCAGGAUCCACGCGGACCUCGUUGGGGAAAAAGUGAAAUCCAAUCUGGGCUACUCGUCGCGAUGUUGUCGGCCGCGGAAAUGGCCCGCUGACGAGAAUCCGUGAUGCGUGUGUGCUACGAACGCGCGUGGACCAAUAUGUGAUUUCGACAGUUUUAGAGGAUACAAGAAGCUUUUCAGCUCUCCACGUUUCUGGUUGAAGCACGUGUCGCUAAUGGACGAUUCUAAGUACAGCGAAUUUUCUCUAGCCAACACAAUGGACAGCAUAGUGAAGCAGGAACGCCAGGAGAUGAACUCGGCGUCAGCAUCUGUCCCGAUACCAGGAGGACACAGAGGGACCACGCGAGGAGCGUACGAUCAGUUCUCUCCGUCACCCUUGGCUCUCUCCUCUGGAUGGGAUAUGAGGAGCGAACAGAUGGAAUGUCCCUUCAAAAUGGAUCCGGAUCAGUUGGACAUUUCGCUUAAGAUGGACGAGGAUGAUAUAUUCCAAGUAGACAAGGCUGCUCUGAUCCAGGGCCCGACUCUCGCCGAGUUAAACGCCAACGAUGAUACCCUAUUGGGAGAUCUAAAUUUCGAUGAUCUGUUGUUGCCCGAAGAGAGGGUACAGCCGAUGAAAAUAGAGAGUGCAGCUCCAUCGUCCGGCUCUUUAUUCAGCAGUGGAAUAGGAUUCGCACCUAGUAGUUUUCCUCAAUCCGGAUUAACUUAUCGAAGCUGUCCUACAUAUACAAAUACAUUUACUUUUAAUAGAAAUUCAAUUGUCACAGAUAAUGCAGAAGCUGUGAGUCCUACUACAUUUCCUAGUCCAGGCACUAGCAACAUUGCAGGUAGUUCCACAGCGAGUUCAUCAACUUCACCACAUCCUCCAGGACGACUUGGAUCAUCUACUUUACAUGAACUACUUUUGAGAAGAGGUGAAAAUCCUCUUAAUCCAGUAUCCAGUCAAACGGAUAAUACCUCUACAUUAGGUGGUAAAUCUAAAGUUUCGAGACUCUCUAUGUCUGCACCAACGCAGGCAAUGGGACAUCUGGACCAGAUUUGGGCUCAUAGAGAACCACGUCAACAUCUGUUAAGUACUGGUAGUUUGGUAGAGGCAGGAUCGACAAGUAGUCUGAGUACUGGAGGUGCAUUGAGUCCAGAUCCACUCUGUGUCGAUCCUCUUAGCCAUGAUGAAGGCUAUGAAGACAGUGAUGAAGAUAGCGAUCAUGAUGAUGACUACAGCAGUGAUAAUGAUACAGGUGGAAGUGAAGGUGAAGAUCAGAGUAACAACAGAAUAGGAACUACAGAAUUGGGGAAAGAACACAGACAUAAGAAAGAGAGAUUUUUCUGGCAAUAUAAUGUUCAAGCGAAGGGACCAAAAGGACAGCGAUUGAUCGCUCGAGCACGCUUAGAAGACCCGCAUGUUUUGAACGAAGCAACCGAUCCAGUAUUUAGUCCUCAUUGCGCUCUCAGAGGAAUCAAACAUAGCGGAAAAGCACGAAAAGGCGAUGGAAAUGAUCUUACGCCGAAUCCUCGUAAACUUCAUAAUAUUGGACGAGAAUUAGACAAACUCAAUCGUAUUAUAAAUGAUAUGACACCUGUUUCGGAAUUACCUUUCCCAGCAAGACCAAAGACUCGCAAAGAAAAGAAUAAAUUAGCUUCGCGAGCAUGUCGCUUGAAGAAAAAGGCUCAACAUGAAGCUAAUAAGAUAAAGUUGCAUGGACUCGAAGUAGAACACAGACGUCUUAUACAAGGUAUAUCGCAAGCUAAACAUACACUUGCUGCUAAAUUAGCUGAAUCCAAUCCUGAAAAUCAAGAAGAGCUUACCCGACAAAUGGAGAAAUGUUGCAAACUGGCUACCAAAAUGCGAAUAGCAAAUCAUUCGACAGAAUUUGUAAACAAGGUAUUGGAUAAUAUUAGAGCUGGUAUAACUGAUGGUGGCAUCGAUAAUUUUUAAUAUUAUAGAAAAUUGUUUUCCUAUAAAUCUUGUGUCUACAUAUGUAUAUAAUAUUAGAAAAAUUAGAAUAUGCUACAUAUAUAUAUAUAGAAUAAUGCUUUCUAUCUAAACUUCAUUGCUAUUUCAGAAAACAGAUUUAUAGUUGAUGCAUUAAUUAACAGAUUCCAUAUAUAUAUAUAAGCAUUGUUUCAGAAAAUAUUUAUCAAUGUGAUUGAGAAACGAAACCUUGAUAUAUUGAUUUAACUUCUAAAAAUCUAUAAAUCAUUAAUUUUUUUUAUAAAACUAUAUUUUUGCACAUAUAUAUUGUCAAACUGUACAUACUAUUUCUCAUGCAUCACGUGCUGUAGCUUCAAUAUCGUUUUUUUUUAUUUUUUAUUUUUUUUAUAUAAGAACAAAAAAUUGAU